AUGUUACCUCCUCGUCUACCCAGGGCGGCAGCGCUGCUGUAUGUCUGCAGCUCGAGCAUGCGCUCCUUCGUAAGGAGGAUUGUUCCCUCCAUCCGUCAGCCCUUCGUGUUGAUGACGGGGGGCGGGGAUGCGACGCUGCCGAUGGAGGCGAUGGAUGGUCAGCAGGUGAAGACGCUCCUGCAGAAUCGGCUGCUGCUGUCGUGGUGGUGCCAGAACUUGAACGAGGAGGAGGGGGGGGAGGCAGGAGGGCGGCAGGCAGCAAAGCUUCGCUUCCUCCCCAUAGGGCUGGAUCUGCAUACAAGGGCAGCGGGCCCGUACAUCCUGGGAGGGAUGCAGGUGGGGAUAGGGCUGAGGACUGUCCUGCUACCUUGGAACUGGGUGGAGAAGGCAAGCAGCCCAAGGGAGCAGGAGGAAGUGCUUGAGCAGAUCAGGAGGAGGAUGAAGCGGAGCGAGGAGAGGAUCCUGCGCGUGUAUGCGGACUUUCAGGUCAACGCCAAGUACGGGAGGAGGUUCGGAGCUGGAGGGUUGACAAGGGCGGAGGCAGUGAAAGAGCUGGAGGGGAACGAGCUGGUAGAGUGGGGUGGAGGAGGGGGCAGGCAGAGGAGGGAGAUGGCGUGGAGGGAGAAGUCGAAAUUCGCGUUCGAGAUCUCGUUGCCCGGCAAUGGCCUCGACUGCCACAGGACGUGGGAAGCGCUGCUGCUGGGCUGCAUCGUGAUAACUACCUCCUCCUCUCUCGAUAGGAUGUGGAGGAAACUUGAGCUCCCCGUCGUCGUCCUCCCUCCCUCCUCCUUCUCCUCCUCCAUCACUGUGGGGAACCUGACGAGGUGGAGGGAGGAACAUGCGGGGAAGAUUGCGCGAGUGGGCGACAAGCUCUCAAACUCGCUGUGGAUGAACAGAAUUCUUGGUGAGACGAACACGAUAUGA